AGCGCGAGUCCAUAGAUAAAUAUACCUCCUUCCAUGUAAUUCGUAACGGUCCUCUCCUCUCCAUUUCAAAGCUCAGUAGUCAGAAGAACCAAACCAACAAAACAAACUUCCCCUAAAUUCCUCCUUUUUUUUGUUCCCUCUCUUCUUUCCCAUUCCAAAUUCCAAACCCUAAAUCCUCUGCUUCACACUCCUACAAUGCCAACCAUUUCUACUCACUCAGAGAGGACUAAGAUCGGUAACUUAUGGCGUUUCAGCCGCUUCGUUGAUUACCGGUGUUUGGCUCCGCCGCCUACGCUCGACAUUGAUGCUGAUUUUCGCGCUCUCAGCCGGAGGCCUUAUCGUUUGCUUCCUCGACAGGAUCUCAUCGAUCUCUUCGUCUUGAAGCUCGACGGUUCUGUAUUUGGUAUUCGUGUAUCACGCAAUGCUACAGUCGCAGAUCUUAAACGAGCGAUAGAGGAAGUUUUUGAUUCACCCGGGGGGAGUGAACAUUGCAAGAUUACAUGGUCACUUAUCUGGGGACAUUUCUGCUUAUGUUAUGAAGGCGAAAAGCUUAUUGAUGACAAGACAUGCAUUAGAGUUUUUGGGAUUAAAGAUGGUGAUCAGCUUCAGUUUCUUAGGCAUAUGUCUAUCAAUUGUUUACCGGUGAAGAGAGAUGGGAAGAACCAAAGUGUUUCUUGCAAAACAAUGCUGUCUCUCUCGCCAGAAUCAAAAUCUGUUGAAGAGAAUCAACCAGCUGGUCAAGAUGAUCUCGAGAAUUAUCAAGUUCACAGGGGCGGUUCAAAUCAAGAGGAGGUUGUUUCUAUGGGUAGAGCUGGAUUUCAGCUAGCAAAUUUCUUCAGAGGACGGGUAUUAUAUUCCAGGAUAUGGGGUUUUCGUAAGAGUGCAUCAGAAGGCAGGAAUAGGCCUUCCUCUGGUUUUCGCAUUACUUGACACUGGAAAUGGACAUGGAAGAACAACACGAGCUGCAAGGUAUGAACUUAGCUAGGAAGUGCAGGGAUUAAAACUCUACAAUUUGAUUUAUGAACAUGACAAGUAGUUAGAUUCGAGUAGGCCUGGGACUAAGGAAAUAGAGGGAAGAUUGACUCUGAAUGUAAAUAUCAGCCUCGAUUUAUUGUUGGAUAGUUCUGUAAAAAGUUCUUUUACUUCACUUCUCUUUCCAUCUUCUGUGGUAGCACUGAACUUAAAAAUUUCCUUGGUUUGGAACAAAAACUUUAAGUAAAUACUUGUUUUGCCUACUAUUUGUUUGAAUA